CCUUAUGGUGCUGGGACUGUUUCUGACGUCUUUUGCCGACAGUCCACAGUUUGUGGCUGCAUCUUUUGGUAUACUUUCGGGAAGUGGCACUGGGGUUUUAAUAGUUUGCACGUAUAUAGUGAUAGCACUUUGGUUUCCAUGGUCUCACCGGUUUCAUGUUUUCUCAACGAGUGUGUUGUCUGCAAUGGAUCCCCUUGGUCACCGAAUAUUCAGAAACCGCCAUGGUCUGUGCGUUCUAAAGUCGUUAUUCAUGGAAUCUGGGCAAUAGCAAUAUGCUGUAAAGGAUUUGCUUAUUUCUUACCAAUGGUUAUAUUACCAAAACACUUGAUAGACCUUGGUUAUAAGGAAGUCGACGCAGUGAAAGUUAUAUCAGUAUUUGGGACCGUAGGUGCGAUUGGACAGGCGUUUGCCUCAUUGGUUGGGGAUUAUGUGAAGGGAUAUAUUAUGGUGGCGAACCUUGUGGCGGCUACGAUGCUCACUGUGAAUAAUAUUAUUGCAGCAUAUUCGACAUCUUUGACUGCUGUUUAUGUAUAUUGUGCUGUCUCGGGGUUUUUUCUUGGUCCAUACCUUGCCGGGUAUUAUGCUGUCAACAAUGAAAUCAUGGACGGAGAGAAUAUCUAUACGUUAUUCUUGACAAUGCGUUUGAGCAAAGGAGUCGGAGCUACCGUGGGACCCUACUUGGCAGGACAUAUCCGUGACGUCACAGGCAGCUACCAGGCAGUGUUCCUGUCCAUUGCGUCAUGUUUUGGCAUGUUUAUUUUGGCAACGUUUUUACUCAUAUGCAACAAGAAGUGGAGAUAUUUGAAGUCUUGAUUGAUGAACGAUAGCAAUGAAUGUGACUAAAA